GCCUCGGUUGGGCAGCCCGGCUGGCUCCCUUCUGCCGACCGGACACAGCGCUGGCACUGGGUCCCCCUUCUCACCCCGCCUCGCCCGCCGCCCCAAGAUGCUGUUUUGGCACACGCAGCCGGAGCACUACAACCAGCACUCGACCGGCAGCUACCUGCGAGAUGUUCUUGCACUGCCAAUCUUCAAGCAGGAAGAACCUCAGCUGUCUCCUGAGAAUGAUGCCAAAUUGCCACCCUUUCAGUACGUCCUCUGCACAGCCACAUCACCUGCUGUGAAACUGCACGAAGAAACCCUGACCUAUCUCAACCAAGGUCAGUCUUAUGAAAUCCGUCUACUUGAGAAUAGGAAAUUGGGAGAGUUUCAAGAUUUAAACACAAAAUAUGUAAAGAGCAUAAUUCGUGUAGUUUUCCAUGAUCGACGCCUGCAGUACACAGAGCAUCAGCAGCUUGAGGGCUGGAGGUGGAGUCGGCCUGGGGACCGCAUCCUUGAUAUAGAUAUUCCACUGUCAGUUGGUAUCUUGGAUCCAAGGGCCAGUCCAACCCAGUUGAAUACUGUUGAAUUCCUGUGGGAUCCAUCAAAGAGAGCUUCAGCAUUCAUCCAGGUACAUUGCAUCAGCACAGAAUUUACUCCACGGAAACAUGGAGGAGAGAAAGGUGUGCCCUUCCGGGUGCAAAUCGACACAUUUAAACAAAAUGAAAAUGGUGAAUACACAGAACACUUGCAUUCUGCAAGCUGCCAGAUCAAAGUGUUCAAGCCUAAAGGAGCAGACAGAAAACAGAAGACUGACAGGGAAAAAAUGGAGAAGAAGACCACCCAAGAGAAAGAGAAGUAUCAGCCUUCCUAUGAGACAACUAUUCUCACAGAGUGCUCUCCCUGGCCAGAUGUGCCUUAUCAAAUGAACAAUGCUCCAUCUCCAAGUUACAACAGUUCUCCCAACAGCUUCAACCUUGGAGAUGGCAACAGUUCUCCAACCCACCAAGUGGAGCUCCUGCCUCCCAGCAAUGAUCAUCUCCUUCCUUCUGCUUCUAUUCAAGAUGCCCAGCAGUGGCUUCAUCGUAAUAGGUUCUCUCCGUUCUGUAGACUCUUCUCAAGUUUUUCGGGUGCUGACUUACUGAAGAUGUCCAAAGAAGAUUUUGUUCAAAUCUGUGGGCCUGCUGAUGGAAUUCGGCUCUUUAAUGCAAUCAAAGGAAGAAAUGUAAGGCCAAAAAUGACAAUUUAUGUCUGUCAAGAACCAGAGCAAAACAGGUCCCAUCUCCACCAAAAACGAGAAAAUGGAGAUAGCAGUCUUUGUGUUUAUCAUGCAAUCUUCUUGGAAGAAUUGACCACGUUGGAAUUAAUUGAGAAGAUUGCAAACUUGUACAGCAUUUCUCCACAGCAGAUAAAUCGAAUCUAUCGGCAGGGACCCACAGGGAUCCAUGUAUUAGUGAGCAAUGAGAUGGUGCAAAACUUCCAAGAUGAAUCUUGUUUUGUUAUCAGCACAUUAAAAGCUGAAAGCAAUGAUGGCUACCACAUCAUUUUAAAAUGACCGUGCUGCACAGAAAGACUUUAACAGCCUAAAAUUUAGUGCCUCGCUGAAAUUUCUACAACCUAGACUGGAAACAUGAAGAACCUUCUGGAUAAAAUGCUCCUGUGAACUAAGAAUUACCAAACAGCUUAAGGAAAAACCUGCUAUUACAGAUAUACAUUUC